AGCUCGCUCCCGAAGGCGCGCCCCCGCCAGUGAUGCGAGCGGAGCUGUCGGCAGUGAGAUCAUGUGAGAGUCCACGCUCGGAGAAAGUAGGUUAGCAGGGUAGACUGAGAGGAAGGCAGGCGGACAAUCACAGCUCGGAGAGAGGGAGAGAAAGAGGGAGAGCGAGAGAGAGAGAGAGAGAGAGAGAGCAGCCAGCACUCUGCCACCGUGGGACUAUUCUGUCAGAAAAGAAAACCAGAGAGAAAGUUGAUCCGAAUCUAUUCGUCCUGCGCGUUUAGGAUGCGAUCCAAAGCGACUUCCUGCACUCUUUUACUCUGUUCGGACCUGACCGAGCGAUAAACGCGAAGGAGAAGAGUUACAGUUUUUCUUCUUCUUCUUCUUCUUCUUCUUCUUCUUCUUCUUCCUCCAUCUUCUUGUUUUUGUGAAAGCUGCAGCCGGGACCAGGUGAACACUGACAGAGCCAGCGUCCUCUGGCUCCUGCGCUCCCCCCCCCCCCCCUCGGUCCUGUCACCUCCAGUCGCCACAUGUAGUCUAGUUUUUCUUCGCCCUGAUCCGGAGACAAGAACACAGCAACCAUGAGAGCUCAGAUAGAGGUCAUCCCCUGUAAGAUCUGUGGGGACAAGUCCUCAGGAAUCCACUACGGAGUCAUCACCUGCGAAGGCUGCAAGGGAUUCUUUCGGCGCAGCCAGCAGAACAAUGCCAUGUACUCAUGUUCCCGCCAGAGGAACUGCCUGAUUGACCGAACAAACCGUAACCGCUGCCAGCACUGCCGCCUACAGAAGUGUCUGGCUUUGGGCAUGAGCAGAGAUGCCGUGAAGUUUGGUCGCAUGUCGAAGAAGCAGCGCGACAGCCUCUACGCCGAAGUGCAGAAGCACCAGAAGUCCCAGGAGUGUGCGGGCUCCGGAGGCAAAGGCUCCACCGCUCUGUCUUUACCCAAGGACGAGGGAGUCUGCCGAGGCAGUGGGGAGGAUGGUGAGGAGGUCCUGAGCCGGUCCUACAGCAGCGGGGGCUCCAGCUCCACCAUCAGCGACCUGGACGACAUCGCAGCGCUGCCUGACCUGUUCGAUCUGCCGCUGACCCCCGAGGAGGCCAGCGAGUACUGCAGCCUGGAGCUGCUCGGCGGGGGCACCAGCACCGGCAACACCUCCAACUCAUCGUCCUCCUCUGCUUCCUCCUCCUCAUCCUUGUCCAAUCAGAAUUCCCCUCAGCCGACUGUACUGGACAGGACGGACAGCACUGGGAUACAGCUCCUGCACACACACUCUCACACGCAGGUGGUGCUGGGAGACACACUUCUGGACCAUCUGCCUGAUGACUGCUCAAUAACAGAACUUGAGCGCAUCACUCAGAGUAUUGUUAAGUCUCACUUAGAGACGUGUCAGUACAGCGCCGAAGACAUGAAGAGAUUCACCUGGGUACAAUACACUCCUGAGGAAACACGUGCUUUUCAGAACAAGUCAGCUGAGUGGAUGUGGCAGCAGUGUGCCCACCACAUCACCAACGCCAUCCAGUACGUGGUGGAGUUUGCCAAACGCAUCACUGGCUUUAUGGACCUAUGCCAGAACGAUCAGAUAAUACUGCUCAAAGCCGGCUGCCUGGAGGUGCUGCUGAUACGUAUGUGCCGAGCUUUCAACGUCAACAACAAUACCAUCUUCUUCAACGGGAAGUUCGCUCCGGCCCAGUUCUUCAAAGCUCUUGGUUGUGAUGACCUGGUCAGUGCAGUGAUCGACCUUGGAAAAGGACUCUGCCGUCUACAGCUGUCCGAUGAGGAGAUGGCUCUGCUUAGCGCUGCCGUCCUUCUUUCCCCAGAUCGACUGUGGUUGACAGAAGGCCAAAAGGUUCAGAAACUCCAGGACAAAGUCUACCUGGCUCUGCAGCACAGUCUACAGAAGAGCGGUGCUUCUGACGAGAAACUGGACAAGAUGAUGUCCAAGCUGCCAUCAAUGAAGUCUAUCUGUAACCUCCACACCGACAAACUGGAGUUUUUCCGUUUGGUUCACCCAGAGACCGCCUUCAGCUUCCCGCCACUGUACCGGGAAGUUUUUGGCAGCGAGAUGUCUCUGCCGGACUCCACAGACAGCUAGACAGAUAGAUAAACACACAAGAGAGAUGGAGAGAGUGUAUUGAGGGGUAGGGAAGCAAAGACAAAGAAGGAUAGAGAUGUUGAAGCUCAAAAACCAGCAGUUAAGAGACAAUCCAGGACUUGUAAUACUUCGUCUCCCAUUAUCCCAAACUAUACCUCCACUUUCCCAGCAGGCAAAGCACCUUACACUACAGACCACACAUGCUUAUGGUCCUCUGCAUAUUGUAGCAUUAACAACGAGCGGAUGGACACCGUAAAAUAAUGACAACAUAGCGGCCUGCUUAGCAUGAAACAGCUCCAAGCUCUAGGACUAGUUUUAAGAUCAGAUCCGCUGUGGAUCACCCAAACAGUUAUGAAUGUACCUCAUUGAUCAGCACCAGUGCACAAGCAAACCAAACAACCAUGAAUGUACGAUCCCUGCCACUUCAAGACACGUCGUGUUAGAAUGAAUUCAUAUUGAUCACCAGAUCUCGCAGUUAAUACAGAUCUCAGUCAGUAGUUCUCUCUGUAAUAAAGCAUCUCAGUAUGGUACACCUGUGUAUUCAUACAGACAAUAUCUGACCAUUACUUAGGGACCAAGAUCACAAGUCAUUUUCUCUGCUAUAAAACGAAAACUCAGAUUCAAUGACUCGAGGCUUAGGCUGACCUCCCACAUCAUUAGAGAACCGCUCUUGCACACAUUUAGACGGUGUUCGGUGCUGCCUUUUUUGUAGGCUCUUGUAAUGCAAGGAGAAACCUCAGUCCCACACACCCCUUUCCUUGUAAAUGCCACUUAGAGACAGGACAAGAAGAAAUUAUCUUUAAUUUAUAUACACAUUUAUAAACAAAUAUUUUAAAUAAGAAUGUAAAUAGAUGACUAUAUAGGUAUAUGGAGAGAGUCAGAGUGUGUGUGUUCAGUUCAGAGAGAAAGGCAGAGGAGUGGAUCGUGAGAUGUGAAGGACGUAAAGAAAAGAUGGAUGCGUGAGGAUACCUGAUUUUUUUUGGACUCGGAUGAUUUUUCUGGACUAUUUUUCCUCUCUUUGAAGGACUCUCAGGUUUUCGUGACAAAAGACCCCGUCUUACCCCUGACGGCAAACCCAGCUGGGGUUACGCGCGGUCAUCAGGCAAGCGACGGGGUGGACACUUGUUGCUGAUGCAACACAGCAGGGGAGGCAGUGUGCCCCAACAAAGGCAAAACAAAGAGAAAAACAUUGCCUUCUUCUUGCAUUUGAACUGAGAAUUUUCAGUUUGCACUGUGGCUGCACCCUGCGCCCCUGCCUUAAGAGACAAGAGGAGAAACAGGACACUAAGGAGAAGAGAAAGCGAGUCAAAAAGAUGACUUCGUGAACUGUAAAAUAAAAGCAGACAAAAAAAGGCUCUGCCCCGCCUGUUUCUAACCAGCAGGCAGAAGAGUAUGUGUUGUAUAAUUAUCUUUCACUCAUAAUGUUUCAAUUAGUUAAAGGCCAGGAAAAUGAUGGUCCUCAGUGUGUAUCAUAAAACCUUCCUGCUGGUUGGAGCAACUGUAUUAUUGUGUACAUUUGCUGUUCCUCUCACCUUUAGUCCGAAAACCCAGCACUUGUCAGGAUACCAAGCACUUAUACUUUCCUCUUUCUCACUGGACACUAGUCUAAGACCAGACAGAGCUACCAGCUGCCCCCCUGAACUGGGCCUCAAUGCCAGUAAGACUCAACCAUUUUUAGUCUGUUGAUUACUUUUGAAUUUUUCUCCAAGUCUGUCACACAACGUCACCUGUAACAGUAUAGAUUUGUCAUGUACAUAAAGUAAAACACUUUGAAAAUGAAAAUAACUUACUUGGGUUGCUGUGAAGUUCUCGAGCAGAGUCCGGGGGGACCUGCUGUUAGCCGCUCAGGGAACUAGCUGUGAUCUCUCGUCCCUUUAUUACUAGUGUCGUCUUUUAGCCUUGUACUCCUCACACCUUUGCACCUAAGAUGAGACCCGUAACCAUAAUCACUGUGGACGUAGGUUCUAUUUUUGUGAAUGUUACUCACAAAGUGUCAAAGUCCUUCCCAAUGGUCGUAAUAUUGUAACAUUAAAUUUAAAGAGCAGACUUAAAAAAAAAAAAAAAAUCAGUUAGAGUUCAAAAAUGGAUUUCAUUAUUGGGUUUAAUGUUUCUUUUGCUGUGAUUUUCAUUGAUUUGUCAGUCUUCAUCCACCUUUUUUCUUUAGGUGUCCCCACUUUUUGUUUUGUAAAGUCUGUGUCAGUGAUCAAUUUUUUUUUUAUUGAAGAAAGAUUAGGAAGGUUACAAACAACAAAAGAAUAGUUUGUCUUCAUUCUCUUUCUCUCUAUGACAAAAUGUACAAGAGGUAUAUUACUAGUCCAAAGGUAUCUGAGUCACACAGCUCGAUAUAUAUUGUUGUCCAAUGGGAUACCUUAUAUGUGGUUUUAAGAAUGUAAUAAAUUGUUUCAUUUUCUUUUGAAA